GCUCCUUCUUUGGAAAUACGGCAGAGACUGUCCCAGCGCAACCAUGGAACAAACGGAUGCUGCAUACAACGAAUAUAAAGCGUUUUACGCUACAUGCCAUCAGGACACGACGACAGACUGCUACGCAGAAUUCCUCAAAACACUAGACAAGCAAGAACCAAUAUUGGAUUUCAAAUAUGAUGAGAAGCAAUAUGUUGCCGUCAAGAAAGCAUUUUCGGACUCGGAGUACUGCAAUUUUUAUGGUGUUGCCAAAGCGUUCUGCCAACACGUUGACAAAAACAUGAAGAAGUGGGACUCAGCAGAGUACUACUCACCAUACUGUGCCCUGGUACAAGCUUCAGCCUUUGGUAAGCCUCGACUGAUGGUAGAGGUCAGGAAAACCUUACCAGUUUCAUACGUUUGUCUUCGCAACGAAUAUAGUGGUGGAUAUCCACCUCAUUGUCCAGUUGCUGAUAUCUUGACUGAAGAGAGAAGGCUUGAUGAUGGAACUGGAUGA